AGGAAAAAAACCGUUCCGUCAAAAAAGUUUAGAAGUCCAAUGAGUUAAGAGUUAGCGAUACAUCGUAAAUUUGCGCAUGGUAGUGGUUCUUCGGGCUAACGUUCCUGUCACACUGCACUAUUGUGUAUUUCUUCGAAAGAUUAACGAUGUGGUAAAGAUUUGCAGCUGCAAGAUUUCCACAGAAAGCAUGGCGUCUCCGACGACAUUUCCGAAUCCAGAUUUCCAACCUAAUCCGGAGUCGAUGAGAGAGUUAGCAGCCAUGGGCUUCGACCAGGAAACCGCAGCUCAGGCGCUUUAUUUCUCUGGUAAUCGCGGGACUGAUACAGCGGUCACUUGGAUUUUCGACAAUCAGGGACAGAGUCCGCCUGCCUUGGAGCCAGCCUUUCCACGGGGAAACUUCGGGGGACCACACUGGGAGGAGAACUGGGAAGGUCUGGAUGCGGGAGGUGCAGCCAGUGAGGGUGGAGAGUACAAAAUGGUUAUUCUGAUUAACACAUCGCUGCGAAUGACGGCGGGGAAGAUUGCUGCUCAAGCUGCUCAUGCCGCCAUUGGCAUUUAUCGGGCAAUAGAAAGCGAAGAUGAAGGUCGCUCGUUCCGGAGCGGAAUUCGCAGCUGGGAACGCGAGGGAGAAACGACCAUUGUGUUAGCGGUCGAUGAUGCGCCCCAUCUAGAAGCCCUUGAGCGUCGAGCCAAAGAUCGUGGAUUAGUGGCAAUGUUGAUAAGCGAUGCUGGACGCACCCAGGUUGCAAUCGGUGCUAAAACUGCGUUGGGACUGUUCGGGGGAAAAAUCCAAGAUUGAUAACAUUACGGGAUCACUGAGACCAUUGUAAACAUUGUUUGCUUUGGUAGCCUGAUUGCAAGAGGCCAUUCUUAACUUCUGACUGAUGUACUUGUAACGAGUAAUCUCAGAUUUCUGUUUUUGUUCGUAUGAUUUUUUGUGCGUAUUCCAUGGCUGACUUUUUUGUCCAUGUAUUUGUUAUUUUUGUCUUGACAGUGGACCCACCGGUAGAUGCUGAUGUGAUUGGUGAUUUAUGGGAUUAAUUUUAAAAAAAUUAAUAAAAACGUCAGCGCGUA